UCGUAUCGUAUUUUUUACUACCUGUUGGACCUUGUACGAAAACAGAUUGAAACAUGAGAAACUAUUACUUGUAAAAAUGUUCUUUGCCAAAUGGAAAAAUGUGUUGAUCCUUUUCGAACGCAAAACAAACCAAUUUCUUUUAAAAAAAAUAUCUCUCUCUGUGUAUAACUGUGGUGACCAUUUAUCAGUUCAGACGGUUUUAAGAGUUUGUUUGAAUAAAGUCGUUAUUAUUACUUAUGCGGGACAUUGAUGAUUGUUCGAAACGAAUCUUUUUUUUUUUGUGUGUGCAUUUGUUACGCAUUGUACGUUAUGUAUUGUGACUGAGUAUUAAACCGAAAAAGGUCAUUUUGAAUAGAAAAUAAUUGAAUGUUUUGUAAACGGUCAGUGGUGGUUUUGUGUUUUUUUUUUUGUUUUAAAUAAAGGACUUCAAUUGACUUUCGGUUGUUUGUUGUGACCAAAUCAAUGAAUUAUUGUUAAACGUUGCGGUUUCAACGGUGAUUGGCUAGAAAAUUGUUGAGUUUUCCUUUGUCUUCGUGAAAAACGUUCUUGUACAAGAUGACAAAACUACUCGACUAUGAAGUGCUGUCGGUUAUGGGCACCGGAACAUUUGGGACUUGUUUCAAAGUGCGAAACAAAUUAACCGAGAAAAUUUUCGUAUGGAAAUCAAUCGACUACAGUGCAUUUGACGAAGACAAGAAACAGCUAUUGGUCACCGAAAUCAAUCUGCUCAAGCAACUUUCACAUCCGAACAUUGUCCAGUACUUCAACCACAUACUUAAUAAGGAGACGAAAACGUUGUACAUCAUAAUGGAAUGCUGUGAAGGAGGUGAUUUGUCAAUGUUGAUCCGACGCUGUGUAGCCGAAAAGUGUCACAUAGAGGAACAAUUUAUCUGGCGCGUUCUCUAUCAACUGUCCAAGGCAAUUCAGGGAUGUCAUUCGUACAAAGCAUCUCUCAGCAUUUUGCAUCGGGAUAUAAAGCCUGCCAACGUUUAUUUAGACUCUUGCGGCAACGUAAAAUUAGGAGAUUUCGGUUUGGCUCGAAUGCUAAAAGGCGAGAACAAUUUUGCUGAAAGUGUUGUCGGAACGCCGUUCUAUAUGAGUCCGGAAAUUAUACGAGGCACAAAGUACAAUCGAAAGAGUGACAUUUGGUCGUUGGGAUGCCUGAUCUACGAAUUGUGUGCGCUGGUCCCACCAUUCACCGGAAGACAUAUGGAAUCUUUGUCGAAGAAUAUCGUCGAUGGCCGGUUUAAUCGUAUUCCGGACAUGUAUUCGAGUGACAUGCAGAAAAUAAUCUCAUUCUUGCUGAAUGUUGAGUCCGGCUAUCGUCCAUCCAUUGAAGUGAUUCUUCAUCAUCCAACUGUGGUCUCGAAUGUGGUGUCUUUAGACAGUUCACUACCGAACUUGGUAAAAGACAAAGUUGCUAGUGUUUUCACACCCGAUCUCUCAAGUACUCGCAAUUUCGAUCAAGAUAGUACCAAGGAUCUGCGAGAGGAGAUCUUCUAUUCCGUUCGACGUGAAAUUUUUCCUAAAAAUGCUUCUGUCCCUGAACAAGGCAGCGAGGCUACGAAUUCUGCAAAUGUAGUCCAACAAUCCGCUUUGGAUUGCGUGAAAUGCGUGAAAUGUUGUCGCGAUGACCCAAAAGAAGUGACUGAGGACAUAUUCAACGAAGCAUUGCGACGCAGAUUGGAGGCAAUACGGAGUCAAGAGGACGUGCUGAAAAAUAAAGAAAACGAAUUGAAGAACCGCGAACGGUCUCUGGUGAUACGAGAACGGAAAAUAAAAAAUUUGGAACGAAUGGCCAAGGAGAAAAUGAUCAAAGCGGACAAACGAUAUAAUCAGAAAAUUGGAUCGUCCACUAUUUCGAACAAGGAAAAUAUUUGCAUGAAACCGAUACGGUACGAUGAAAGUACAAUGUCGAUUGAACCAAAUGAGUCGGUAGUGAUGCCAACAGCUGCAAAAAUUGAUUCCGAAAUGCUUCGACGACCGAAGGAGUUUCGAAGGAUAGUUUCAUUCAAAUCAACACACAAAUUAAAAGAAAAAGUUCACGAUCAGCCACCUGCACUACCACCUCGACCAACAUCAAAUCAACGUUCUGCGACCGAUGCAAACAGUCAAAGUAAAGAAUCAGAGAAAGCGUUUACCAAGAAGCCUAGCUCGACCUCUGAUUUGACUUCGAGUUCAUCAAGUAGUUCCAGUAAUUCAAAAGACAGUCAAAAGGUCGUUGAAAGUAAACGCAAAUCGAUAUUCGGAUUAUUCGGUCUGAAUAAAGUGAAAAAUAUAUCGAAAGAAGAUAAAAUGAAUGUGAGCGACGAAACGGAACCAGUUCCUGCGGAAGUACCUACAAAGUGGACAGCUGAACAUAAACGCACCGCUUUUGAAAUGUUGGCAAUUAUGAAUGCAGCUACAAAUGGUAAAGCCAAUGGUGAUGUUGUUAGCGAUGUUGUAUGGAAUGAUAAAAUCAUACGACACGAUAAAAAGAGACAGUCUAUUCUUGUGCUGAAGAAAAGCCAAGAAAACCUUUUUUGUUAAAAUAAUCGAAUUUUGUGAAUUUCAGUAAAAUGUGCAAUUAAAUUGUCUUCCC